AUGGGCCCAAUCGUAAGCCCAUAUAAAAGUGCCGCGAAGCUGGAGAUUUCAAAACGGCAUGAGAGAACAAAGAGCGCGCCGGGAUGCGAAAACCGAAAUUGCCGUAUUCGUGGCAACGAACGAUGCCUACCAUCGCCGAUCGGAGAAAUCGAAGAGCAUCGAGACUCCUCGGAAGAGAAAGCUGAGAUCGGAGGAAGCCAAUCACUUGUCCAAGGACACAACCCCUACGCCGAAGAAACUGAAAUCUCGUCGACGAAUUGCUGUUCAAAUCUCAGAACGCCAGAAAAGGAAGUUAAGAAAGACUCUAAUGAAAACUUGGCAGUGGAUAACUUAUCCGAUUGUUUAGACUCUGAAUCUAACUGGAACCCUCGAGAUGAGGAGCAAAUGAGAGCUGUGAAAGAGGCAUUGCAUGUAUCUAAAACACCGUCGACAAUUGUUUGCCGUGAAGAUGAACAGAGACGCAUUUUCUAGUUUGUGAAAGGCUGCUUAGAUCAGCAGAAGGCUGGGAGUUUGUACAUUUGCGGCUGUCCUGGGACUGGGAAGUCACUGUCCGUGGAGAAAGUUGUACAACAAGUUGGUGAUUGGUCGAAGCAGGCCGGUUUGCCACCUGUGGACACAUUGUCUGUGAACUGCACUUCACUGACAAAGGCAACAGAUAUAUUCAGCAAGAUAGUUGAAAUAGUAGAGCCCGUGAAGAAAGAUGAUUGCUACUCUUCACCUCUACAACAUCUUCAGAGUUUGUUUUCUCAAAAGCAACAGUCCAGCUCAAGAAUGAUGUUAAUAAUUGCAGAUGAGAUGGAUUUCUUGAUCACAAAAGACCGAGGAGUACUUCAUGAUCUUUUUAUGCUUACAACUUUGCCAUUUUCAACGUGUAUACUUAUAGGUGUAGCUAAUGCAAUAGACCUUGCAGAUCGUUUCCUUCCGAAAUUGAAGUCACUUAAUUGCAAACCUGUGGUUGUAACUUUCCGUGCUUAUUCUAAAGAUCAAAUCCUUAUGAUACUACAAGAGAGGCUAAUGGUUCUUCCAUAUAUUGUUGCAUUCCAAUCAAAAGCCUUGGAGCUCUGUGCAAGGUUGGUUGCGGCUGCGUCAGGUGACAUGAGAAAGGCUUUAUCUGUCUGCAGGAGCGCUCUUGAAAUUUUAGAAACAGAAAUAAGAGGAUCACCUAGCCCAGAAUCACAAGGUCCAACUCCAGAUGAUCCAGUGGUGAGGAUAUAUCAUAUGGCUACUGCAUUAUCUAAGACGUUUAAGUCUCCUGUAGUUGACACUAUUCAGUCUCUUCCUCAACACCAACAAAUCAUAAUAUGUUCUGCUGCAAAGGCUUUUCGAGGGGCCAAAAAGGAUGCAACCGUUGGAGAGCUUAAUAAAUUAUACCUGGAAAUCUGUAAAUCUUGGGUCAUUUCUCCAGCCGGAAUUACAGAGUUCACUAACAUGUGUACGGUGCUAAAUGAUCAGGUAACUACUAUCGCUGCCCUGAGUAUUCUAUGUUGGUAAAAAGCUUGCUGUAUCUGUGUUUGCUGAUAGUUCAUGCAAAGCAGAAAAAGUCAAUUCCUGAUCAAAAAUAUUGGUGGCUUUG